UGCUGGGUGCAGAUGGCUGCAUUGCACUUGAGUAACCUAAUGUGCCAGCAUCACCUCAUCGGGCUGUCCAAACAGAACCAUGUCCGGAACUAGAAAAACAUCUCUUGUCACAAUCAUGGUAGGCAGCUACAAGCAGGGAGCCGCCGCACAUAGCUCCUCUCAAACCCAAUAAAGACUAUUGCAUUGGAGUUAUGAGUGUGCCGCUUCCCUCUUGUCCUUCUGAUGCCUGCACAGGAAGCCAGCACCUCACCACCAGUUCAGGUGUGCCAGCUCAUGGCACCUCUCACGUGCCUCGCUGCACAGCUGAAUAGGACCAAGUGCACAAAGAUGACAACAACAAGAUAUAUUUAGACAUAUUUAAUGCAUUCAUAUAUUGACAUUUCACUCUUGGCAAUUCAAACCAGAGGAUAAGAGGCAAAAAAAUGCCAUUGCACAAGGAGGCCAUCUUUAUGGUUCGUUGACUGUCUUAAUUUCAUUCUGUCUUGUGCCUUCAUUCUUUUAGCCAAUUUAGCUGCAGCACUAUUUCACUGAGAUACUGUGAAAAAGUAGUUUUAUUUAAUGUGCAAAUGAAUAAAUAUACUACUUUAUUUGUGUGUUUAUACAAAGAAAUUUGUGCCAAUUUUAGACUGCUGAGAAGUCUGUAGUCAUCCAUUGGUUGUAAAUCCUUUUAUUCGUGCAAGCAUCCCCCAACAUAUAAUCUCCCAUUUUUCUAUUUUGGUGCUCAAGGUCAUCGGGUUGACAGAAAUCGUCAUGAUGACGUAGACCCCAUGCCCAUCCCCAUCCCCCCACCCCGACACCUUUACAGUCCCUGUAAAUGAAAAAUGUGCGUGCAUUUUCUACCACAUACCACUAGAGGACAUUUUUCCUUUUUUUAUGAGUCCUACUCCAUCACCAGGAUACUCCCCCUCCCUCCCACCCUGUGUACCUUCCUUCAAGGGACUCAAAUGCUAGUAACACCGGUAGGGUAGCUAUUUGUCGGUCUGUCAGCCAAAACACAGAGUGCAGAAGCUUUGAUUUCAAAUAAUAGCCUCUCCGUAUCGGAUAACGGGCACGGAUCCAUAAGAUACCCCCCUAAAACCUGAGCUAGCAAGAACUACAAGGAACUGAACGGACGAAACAUAAGCCUGCAUGAUCCCACUGCACUCAGGCAGCGACACACUACUGUAGCAGACAACAAAAGACAAGGACAGCAACCGAGUGGCCAGCUAAUAGACAGAUUGACACUCAACCAUCUGCCAGGGCCUGAGAUAAAUGGCUGACAAGCAGAUCAGUUUGCCUGCCAAAUUGAUCAAUGGGGGGAUCGCUGGCCUAAUCGGAGUGACCUGUGUGUUUCCCAUUGACCUGGCCAAAACCCGCCUGCAAAACCAGCAAAAUGGAUCUCGCCUUUACACCAGCAUGUCUGAUUGCCUUAUCAAGACCAUCCGUUCAGAGGGAUAUUUUGGGAUGUACAGAGGAGCUGCGGUGAACUUAACUCUAGUUACUCCAGAGAAAGCCAUUAAAUUGGCUGCAAAUGACUUCUUCAGGCAUCACCUCUCUAAAGAUGGAAAGCUCACACUGUUCAAAGAGAUGCUGGCUGGGUGUGGGGCAGGUACAUGCCAGGUCAUUGUCACAACUCCUAUGGAGAUGUUGAAAAUCCAGCUCCAAGAUGCUGGACGAAUUGCGGCUCAGAGGAAGUUGAUGCCAGAGACAGUGGCAGCGGGCACCGUGGAGACCAAGUCCCCAACAGCCAUGCAGUUAACCCGCCAGCUGCUGAGGGAGAAGGGCAUCGCUGGGCUGUAUAAAGGCCUGGGCGCCACGUUGCUCAGGGAUGUUCCUUUCUCUAUCAUCUACUUUCCCCUUUUUGCCAACCUGAACCACCUGGGUAAAAGGGGAGCGGAUGGACCUGCUCCCUUUUAUGUGUCAUUUAUAUCAGGCUGUGCUGCUGGGAGCACAGCGGCUGUUGCAGUCAACCCCGUUGAUGUCAUAAAGACUAGGCUGCAGUCCCUAAAUCGAGGGAGUACAGAAGACACGUACAGCGGAGUGACCGACUGUAUCAGCAAAAUCAUGCGUAACGAGGGUCCAUCAGCCUUCCUGAAAGGAGCCUACUGUCGAGCCUUGGUCAUAGCGCCUCUCUUUGGCAUUGCCCAGGUGGUCUAUUUCCUGGGCGUGGGUGAAUUCCUCCUCAGCUUCUUGCCCAAAAAGGACAACUGAGAAGCCCCUCCUUUCUGCCUUUCCCUCCCAUAAUGCAUUGCACCACCUGCUUCAGGACUCAUCUCAUUCUGAAAGAAGGUUUUGCCCGUAUUUAGGUCAAAGCAUGACCAACCACAACAUUUUAUUUUACUUUGUUAUGUUGAAUGUUGAGAUUUUAGCAUAGUUUAUAAGGAGGGAGUCUUUGUUUGCCAAGCUGCCUACGGUGGCACACAAAAUUCCAGUUGGCAGGCACAGCUAGCUCUCUGGAAUUAAAGCCACACAUACCGUUUCAAAUUUCAAAGGAUAUUGCUUAUAAACAUGACAUGUUAUUCUGUUUUUGGAUAUGAUUGUUGAAUUACGAAGUAGAUGUACUGCCCUAGGUUGCUGCAGUCCUUCUAGCUCUAGAGUACCUAUUUUUUCCCCCAAUCAGCAUUAGCUCCCGAAUGACAAUGAAGACAGUAGUGAUCUUUUGAAGAUUUGUAAACAACAAAACUACCACAAAUUACACGCACAAGUUUAACUUACAAAGAAAUUUAAGUUCCACAGAGAACAAGAUAUCUGUCAGACUAUUUCACCAAGCAUGCUUCUUAAAGAAUCGCCCCAGACCUUAAGUCUUUAAAGAUAGUACACUAUGAAUUAGAGCAAAAUAUUUGCCUCUUCUUCAGACAAAGACUUAGGGGAUGUGCUGAUGUGAUAGCAACACGCCCCGUAUGAUCUUUCCUGAGAAGCCACAUCCCUGCCUGUAAGUGGUUGUAAUGAACCCAGCCAUUCAGCCUAGCACUGGGCUGACUUUGAUUGCCUUGGCUGUUUAGGUAGAUUAGGUUCCAUCUGAUAUCCAGAGGUACUACAAUAGCUUGACUGUGUUGCCUCCCUGAAGGAUAGCUCUGUUCCAUAGUCACACACCAAAAUCUAGAUAGAAUCUGCUCCACUGAAGCAAUGUGUGCUACCAAACUACCAAACUACUUGCACACAUUGGAACACAUAUGAUAUAAGAAUUUUGAGAGCCCAGCAAAUUAGGCAAGUGAAUAAACUAAACACUUAAUGGCCUGAUAAUCAUUUUAAUAGAAUUCAAGAUUAUGAAAAGUAGGUAUGCAAUAGUGAUGCUGACAAAUGACCAGAAAUAACCUGCUGAGGCAAUAUGAGUACUGUUACUCAUUGUGGAGUCAGAAAGACCUUAGCCACAUUAGUUCAUACCCCAUAGUUUUAGACAUUUUUUACAGAUGAGUUCAUACUCAAAUGAAUUAAAAUACAUGAAACUUGGCCCAGCAUGUAUUCAGUGGCAGUACCCAAAGAACGAAUCACUAACAUUUCUUUAUCCAAUGUGAUUUCUGCGUCAUGCUAAAUUAUUACGACAUGCUAUGAUUUUACCAAACAUUUCGGCUUGUUUGUUUUAGAGGUCUUAUUUGCUUUAAGCUGCUUGGGAAAGCAUUCAUGGUGUAUUUUUUGUAUGCAUUGCAUCACCACGGCCCUGCCAUUGGUUUAUCUUGCCGGAGAUCAAGGUGACUUUAUAUGUGUAAUAUCCAAUCACAUUCCUUCCUUGCUCCCACUGUUCAAGCAGCUCUUCAAUUGUACUGUUGCACUGUAGAUGUGCAAAGCAACUAUCCAGUGUAUUAUCAUUUGUGGGAGUGAGAUCUAUUUAUCAAUAUUCAUUUCUAUAGCCAGUAUAGCACUAUAUAUUUGUAUGUGUUGUUUUUCUGUGUCAAAGUGUCCACCUUACUAUAUUGUACAUAUGCAGAAGAUAUGAACUUUAUGUCUUAGGUUUUAUCAUUUGUUUUCUACAUGAUGGCUUAUUUGCACACCUACCUCUCCAGCUCCCCUCUUGAUCCAUAUUGUUGUGAUUUUAUGUUAUGAUGAAGUGGACAUAUCAAAUGAAGGAAUGAGUUAUUUUAAUGCAACAAAGAUAUCUUUUGAACGCUAACUCAGAAGAAUGGUGAGGUUUUAGUUUUUUUUUACUGUAUGCAAAGAGGAACAGUCAUGUGGAACCUCCUGGAUGGUUGUUUGGAGGUGCCAUGGCUCUCAGGCUUAUUGGUUGAGUCUGUGGGAUCGUUUAUUGUGCUGUCUCCUGCUUUAUCAACUAGGACCAAAAUGGAGCAUUAUAAUAGCCUUCAAUUCAUCUAGACAAAGUUGAUGAUCUUCUUUUCACUGAUACUUUGAAAAUGACACAAUUUAGACCAUUCUGUAAAUGAAAUGAAAUGCACCAUUGGCAAUGCUAGCAUGAACCUGUUGGAAACAGACUGGAAUUGUAAUGGUUUUUAAUUGGUGCUCUUUUCACAAAUGAGCUGCAGCAUGACAGCGGCAGCACUAAUGACCAAGGCUGUAUCGACUGAAUCGCAUGCUAGUGAAUCUCAGCGUUAUCAGUGUCUUAACUCAAAGCCAUAGGUCUAGCUUAAUCAGAGCCUCGGGAAGGGAGAGCAGAACUGCUAGACAUCAGCUGGCACCUCCAGCCAUGAUGACAGCCGAACCACAGGAAACAUGGCAAAGACCUGCCUACUUAUGUGAUUUCAUCCUUACUAAUUACCGUUGGUGUCGCUAUUUCUUUUCCCCUCAACAUUCCAGUUGCCAGCUCAUCUCGUGAAUGCUAUUAUGGUGAUCAUACUACCUAUUUUUUUGUUGUUGAAAUUAUUGGUAUGAUUUUUGAACUUUUCUUUUAACCUUUCUUUUCUGAUUCUUUUUUGGGAUGUUGUAAUUGCUGUUUUUCAGUUCAAUCUUGAAAAUGUUGUGCAAGUCGUUUUGUUUUACUCAGCUGUGAAUUCUCACUGACCUUGUGCAUUCAGUUGUGUAGGUAUGUGUGUGUGUAUGGGUGUGUGUGUGUGUGCGUGUGUGUGACUGUGUAGUGCAGUAGUUGAUAUGUAGUUGUAGUGUGACACUGUGGUAUUUUUCUCUUUCAUUGUCAGUCCCACACCACCCCCCCUUCCUUCUGUGUGUCACUCUUCUGCCACCAACCCUACUCCAACACUUAUAACUGGGGUAUUGAAGAGGUUUAAAACACCAAAUAUAUAUCUUAGAGUGUAUACAAUCAAAGAAAGCACAAAGGAUUAUUAGGCACAAGAGACCACACUAUCCACUUUAUUGAUUAUAGUCAGAUAAAGUCCUUGGAUAUACAUAAUGACAAUGAAAACUAUGUGCUGCUUUUGCAGAUGUGGAUGAAAGUGAAGUUUAAGUCAGAAAUUUAUUUCAGUGGAGAUGUCCACUGAAAUAAAUCUUUUAGGCUGGUAAUAAUUUUGAUGUUCCUUUGUGAAACGUGUUCCACAGGGCUGAGAAAUGUAAGAUCAUUAUAAGAGACCCAUUUAAUGGUGUCCACUACUUUACCCAUCUGCAGUUAUUCAUGUAUAUUGCCUACAUAUUCUAAAGAAGUCAGAUAUAAGAAUGUAACUUAGAUAUUAUGAGAUAUAAUUAUAGUGAAGAGGAGUUUAUUAGAUUAUAGUUAAAAAAAAAUAUGUCUGUAACACAUCCACUGAAUAAUUCAUGAACCAGCUUACUGAUAUGCAAUAAGCAGAAGCCACACACAUACACACUAGAAGAAAAAAAAAAUCAACACAGCCUGUCAGUCACAACAUCACGCAAUGUAUGAGAAAUGCAACUCUCUCUGGGGGCCUUGGAGGCUUUUGGAGAGCUGAUAUCUUUACAACGCCUCUGUUCUCUUCCUCCAAGAGGAAUUGUGCAUUACAGCACUUUAAAACUUGGGCCCCCACCUCACAGUCCACCUACAAGGUAUCUCUCUAUGACAUAGAGGGUGUUUAUGAAUAUGUGUGGUAAAUGACACAGUUGUAGUCAUUGUUUACAAUGCAAUGAAAAAAAAAAACACAUAUAAUAUUGUGUUCCUUGUCACAGUUUGCUGUUCAAUAAAAUGACUGUCCUUGA